AUUUAUAUACCACCAACGAAUCAAACAACACACUCACUCUCUAAUCCCCUUUCACUGAAAAAGCACCUAAGCUUUUGCAGAAUCCUCAUUAAAACCCUCUUUUUCCCCCACGAAGUUCUCACAACAUCAAUACUCUGGCUUUCCCAACGAUGGACGUUUUCAGCAUGCUCAAGUUCUGGAGGUACGCCGGAGGUGGAGAUCCUGAUUCUGCUUCCUCUUUCGACGAUGAAGAGUCGUUCUUCGAUUUGGUGUUUACUAAUCCAGGUGAUGAAAACGACAAUGAAUGUGACGCGUCUCCUGAUGUCAACCUCUUUGGUGGUGAUUCCAAAUCGAGUUUCAGAUUUUCGUAUCCUGAUGAGGUUUAUUCGAGGAAUAAUCGGAAGAUUUUGCCUCUCGGUUCACCGAAAUCUCCUCUUCGAGCGUUGAUUCCAGGGUUUCAGAAUACCAAAUCGAGAUUAGAUAAGGAAACUUUCGAAAUUGAAGAAGUUAAGAUCGGAUCAUUGCUUAAGAGAGAUAACAGUCUGAGACAUAAAUUGCAAACGGAGAAGCUUCUGGAUAGUGAUCAGGUUCCAUCUAAGCGUUUCUCCAAGGACGUUGUGAACAAGUAUCUGAAUCUGAUUAAGCCUUCAUACGUAAAAGUUUCAAAGAGGAAUAACGAGAAAUCGAGGUUACAGGAGAAAUCCAUCACGCCGUCGUCUUCUCCGGCUUCAUCCGUGUUCUCACCGAGAAAGGAUGAGAAAAGAGGCGGUGGUGGUCGUGGUGCCGUGUUCAGAGAAGUUCGUAAGCAUUUAGGAAAGAGCCGUUCGGCGUCAGCAAUCCUACAAACGCCGGCGACGAAGAGCGAUGAUUCAGCGUUGGAACAACAGGACAGUAUCCGAAACGCGAUUCUCCAUUGCAAGAGAUCAUACAAUUCACCUUCAAAAGAUUGUUGUGUGCUUUCGAGAUCUGGAAGUGCUCCAUCAAACAACGAGCUACGAAUUUCCAUUGAUGAGGAAAACAGAAGCAGCAUUUGAAUGAAUGACAGAUUGGCGGGAAAUUUUGUUGAGAAGAUAACAUGAAACUUGUAAUUUCGUUUGUGUAAAACUAACUCAUGUAAAUCGAUCGAUUAGAAGUAAAGGUGUUGUAGCCAUGUGAAAAGCUACAUAGAAGACGUGGAUGAUGAAAAGCUUUUGUUUUGUUUCUUCUGUGUAUUGUAAAUUGAAGCUAAUCCCAACUAUGUUUCCAUGGCAUCA